AUGAUAAAACUUUUUAGACCAUUAACAAAAAAUAUAGUUAUAAAUUCAAUUACAAAAUCACCCACUUCUAUAGUUUUUAUAAAUAAUAACAAUAAUAAUAAUGAUGGUUUUAAAAAUAAAAGAUAUUUUACAACAAAUAAUAAUUUAGAAAAUAAUAAUAGCACCAUUGAUAAAAAUAGUAAUAAUAUAAUCGAUAAAAAUAAAAUUUUAACAGAUAAGUUUAAUAGACAUCAUACAUAUUUAAGAAUUUCACUCAUAGAUACAUGUAAUUUAAAGUGUCUUUAUUGUCACCCAGAAGAAGGUUUCAUUAAACAGCAACAGGAUAAAUUAUUAACAGCCGAAGAAAUUAUUAGAUUAUCAAAAUUAUUUGUAUCUGCUGGUGUAAAUAAAAUAAGAUUUACUGGCGGUGAACCAUUGGUCAGAAAAGAAAUAGAUAAAAUUAUAGAGGAAGUUGGUAAAAUUAAAGGUAUCGAAAAAAUUGGAAUUACAACAAAUGGAAUUUUAUUAAAUAGAAAAUUAGAAAAUAUGUAUAAAAGCGGUGUAAAUUUAUUUAAUAUAAGUUUAGAUACAUUGGAUCCAAAGAAAUUUAUGUUGAUAACUAAAAGAUUGGGCUGGGAACGUGUAAUGAAAUCAAUAGAGGAAACAUUAAAACUAGAUAAUGUAAAGGUCAAAAUCAACUGUGUUGUAAUGAAAGAUUUAAACGAUAUGGAGAUUAACGAUUUUGUUGAAAUGACAAGGAACAAACCAGUUGAAAUUAGAUUUAUUGAAAUGAUGCCAUUUACUGGUAAUAAGUGGUCUGAUCAAAAGUUUGUUUCAUAUCAAGAUAUGAUAAAGAUUAUUAAAGAGAAAUUCCCAACAUUUGAAAAGUAUACAGAAGAAGAGGCAAAUAACACUUCAAAAACAUACCAUGUUCCAGGGUUCAAAGGUAAAAUUGGAUUUAUUACUUCAAUGAGCGAGCAUUUUUGUUCAUCUUGCAACAGACUUAGAAUAACUGCUGAUGGAAAUAUUAAAGUUUGUUUAUUUGAUAAUGCGGAAGUUUCGUUAAGAGACCAAAUUAGAAAUGGUGCAACCGACGAAGAUUUAUUAAAGAUCAUAAACGCUGCUGUACUUAAAAAGAAAGCUUCUCAUGCUGGUAUGUAUGAGAUUUCAAAAAAUGAAAAUAGACCAAUGAUUUUAAUUGGCGGUUAA